UAAAAAUACAAUGUGAUUUUGCGUUGCUAAUUAACCUAUCUUAAAUCAAAUUACGUGACUCUCGUGUAAAAUCUGUUGUUUUGUAUAAUUUGGUUUUAAAACUUGGUUUGUGUAGUUUUUUAAUGAAACUUGUGGAUUCAUUUUUAUAAAAUACUACACAUAAUAUUAUUUGUUAUAGUUCUUGCUGGCGCUUAAAAUCUAAGGUACUAAGUAAACUCCCAUUUUUGGAAUUUAGAUCUAAUCCUAAUUUAUAACUGGGAUUUUGAGAUAGUAUUUUGUCUCCUACAUUAAUUAAUAUAUCUCAUUGUUUGAACUAGUUGGUGAAUAUUUUUUACGACGUUUUCGGUUUUAAACACAUUGAGAGCUGGUGCGCGGAGAAUGGUGCGCCAGGGUCCUAAGGUGUUGGUACUGUGCGGACCAUCUGGCUCCGGCAAGUCAUCUCUCCUGCGACUCCUCUUUGAGGAGUUUCCGGAUAAAUUCGGGUUCUCCGUAUCCCACACCACCCGAAACCCUCGUCCCGGGGAAGAGAAUGGGAAGCACUAUCAUUUCACCACCAAGGAGGAGAUGGAACAGGCUAUAACCCGAGGGGAGUUCAUAGAGUCAGCAGUCUUCUCCAACAAUAUGUAUGGGACAAGUGUGUCAGCAGUGAGGUCGGUCUGUGAGAGUGGGAAGGUAUGUGUACUAGACAUUGAUGUAGAAGGAGUAAAGCAAGUGAAGACAACAGAUCUUAACCCUCUUCUGGUGUUCAUCAAGCCACCCUCCCUUGCAGACCUGGAGACACGGCUACGUGGCCGUAAAACUGAGACAGAGGAUAGCCUUCAACGCCGGCUUGACGCUGCACGCAAGGAAAUGGUUUAUGGUGAAACUCCAGGGAAUUUUCAUCUAAUAGUGAUAAAUGACAAUUUGGAUAAAGCAUAUAAAAAGUUAAAAGAGUUUGUCUUGAAAGAACUAGAAAAAACGGAUGACAAAGGUGGGAGCAGCUCUGCGGAGUGAACAACAACGUCAUGAUCAUGACUUCUUGUAAACCUGUUUUCAAGCAUGAGAAACUAAUAGCACUCGUCUAAGUAGUUCCUGAAUAGGUCCUCCGUAGAAGAUAGAAACGGAUCGGUUUGUCUGUUAGCAUUAGUUUUUUUUCUGACUGGUACAAUUUCUGUAGUUAGGGUGUAUGAACUAAGUAUUUAUUUUGUUAAGAGAGGACACCUCUUCUUUUAGUACAAAAAGAAGUGAAAGAGAACUGUUACUUAUUAAUUUGUACACUAUGUACGUGAUAAUUAAAACCAGUGAUUAUGUUAGUUAUAACCUUCAAAAGUACAAAUGGCUUUUGGCCUAAAAAUACGUCUAGGUGUCAAAAACUGAAAAACUAUAAAGGUUUUAUGUAGUACUCAUGACGAGAAUCAUAGAUUUAACUUUAUUAUAUUAUAAAGCUGCAAUGUUGGAUUUGCAACACCUAUUGAUCAGUUAGCGUUAGCUUUGAAAACAAUGUUGUUUGUAAAACUGAAAGAGAAGGUGCUCCAGUAAUAGUUUUGCUACAGCCAACACAAAUUAUUUAUGUGAUUAAGUUUGGUAUAGACCAGUUUUAAUGUGAAAACCAAUCUGAAUUUAUGGUUAAAUAUUUUAUCAUUCAUAUUACUUUUUUCCAAUUUAUUUUCUGUUGUGUUAAGUUCUGUCUUUUAUUUGUAUUGUUUUGACCAAUAUUGUAAUCCUUAUGAGCUACAUGAAAGUUUCCCAAUUAUUCAUCAACCUUUUAUAUAAAUGAACAUGAAAAUAAUUGACUGGCUGUCUAACAGAUAAAUAUUUAGUGGUUUAAUUGUUAAUAUCAUUUGACUAGCAUUCAGAAGUAUGAUACGAAUGCCAAUAAUUUUGUUGUUUUCUUACUUGGUGAAUAUGUUUAUUUUGGUUCAAUGUUCUGUACAUUAUUUUAUUUAUUUGUAUGUGUAUGUGGGUUUUAUACUAACAGGUCUUACAUUUCGAAUCAGUAAAUUUAAUUUACUCUUAAACAAUAUAAAAUUUGAAAGUAAUGUAAUAUUAGAUACAAUAAUAGGUUAGUCUGUUGUGGUAUUCGGCAGUUCACUGCUGCUUCGAUUGUGCCAGACCAAGGCAAGAUCACAGCAUCACAGCUUGCUGAUCAUUCUUAGUCUUUAUUGAUAAUGGGUACUUUGUAUGGACAUUUACAUUAUGUGUUAAAAAAAACCUUAAUACGCAAUAUAUUGUAACUGCCAUUUCAGUAGGUAGAAUUCCUAUAUUUAAUAUUUGAAAUAGUUAACGCAAAAAAAAUAUCAUUGAAUAUUCAAUGUCAAGUGAUCAGAAACUCAAAACUUCUCUGUUGUUCGUCAAGACAGGAAAUAAAUGACCGAUGACUAAAAUACAAGACAAGUCUCAAUUCAAUUUUUUAAAGCUGUUUCGUCUUUUUGAAAAAAAUGUUUGUAUUUAUUAACAGAUAUAGUUACUAAAUUCAUACAUAUAAUAAAAAUUAUUACUUUUCAAGAGAUAAAACCAAUGGUAAGGAUUGAACAUGAUUUAAAUCUUACCUAUUGCAUAAGGUGGUAGUAGAUGUUUCUUUAAAAAUUUGAGAUCUAUUGGAUAGAAAUGUUUUUAUGUUUUCCUGAACCCUUACAUUUUCACUACAAUUAAUAUGUGGUGACUUGUCCAAGUUGCAGAAUACUAAUCAAGUCUCCAGUGGCUUAAAGAAAUAAGACCCAACACCCUUUAUGUAAUGGUGGCUUAAUGAUAUAAUUUAGCAUAAGUGUUUGUUAUUGUAGUUGAUAAAAUUAGUAUUACCUUCUCGACAACCCUGGGAAGAUUAUGUGAUACAUGCAUGAUUUUACAUCAUAGUCUAUCAUGUAUCAAGGGCCCAUAAUAUACAGUAAAUAUUUUUUAUUUGCUUGCUGACCUCACAAAUGUUGAGAGUGACAGAUUUAAAUUUUUGUAAAAUUAAUUUACAAUUAUAUGUCUAGUUAAUGAAAAAUCAUAAAUUCUGUAAAUAAAUACUAUGAGAUUUCGCAAUAGAUUUUUUCAUUUCAAAUUCUUUAGUUUUUUUUACUUAGGGAUUCUUUCAGAGUUAGGCACAUCUGCCAAUGAUCAUCACUUAAAUUAAAUAUAAUUCUGAAAUGUCAUUUUAAAAAUAUAUUUCAUUAAUAUACUAAAGAAAGUGAUACCGGUAACAUAAUUAUCUAUAGAUUUACGUGUUAGGUAAAUCUCACGUGAUGUAACAAGUGAUUUCAUGCAAAUGAGACUGAAUGCACUCAACACUGAAAGAUAUUUAUAAUCCAUAUUCAAGCUAUAUUUCUAUAAACUUUAUCAUGCAUUAGUGCAAAAUGUUACAUUACUUAUGACAAACAGCAAUGCAAAUGUCUGAUAUUGUCACAGACACACAAAUCUCUCCCUAGGGUUGUUAAGAAGCUUCUGAUCAUUAGGUGAGUGAAGAAUAUACUGUGCAAAAUUAAUUUUUAAGGAAGGAGCUAACUUGGAUAAGCAGCCAAAGGAAUAAUUUCCUACCACCUUUGGCUAUUAGUUUAGUAUGUGUUGGUCACUCUGAAAACAUUAUCAUUCUGUACUCGGGCUGUAGCACAGUGGCAGAUAUAUGUCAUUAAGAAAGAAUAUAUUUAAUAAUUAUGUAUAAAAACCAGGUUUUAUUUUUGUGAACUUAGUACUCUUUGGUUUAAUUCACGACUCGUUGAGGAUGAAUACUUGGGUGGUGUCUUAAAAUUUGGCACAGGCUGAGCCUUGUGUAUCAUUUUCUAGUGUAAUCUUGCUCUUUCUUCUUCUUCCUUCUUUCCAUACCUAUCUUUUCUCUCAUGGUGGUCAAUUCCUCUGGGUUUAAAUAUUGUUACGUGUAUUUUCUUUUUGUUCAUUCAGUUGCAACUGUGUGCAAAAAUCCAGAGAAGACAAUAGUUUCGGCUGAAAGUAAUUUUUAAAAUGGAGAACGAGGUUUGAUGAUUCUCCUGCCUCACUGAGGAGUGCAGUUUUUUAGCUCCUUGGUGGACUAAUGCUUUCUUCAGGAGGGUUGAAUAAAGGAACUUGAUUCACUUUAAAAUCCUUAACUUCAUUUCUGUCUCCAUUAGAAUUCUGAUAGUCAUCAUAUGAAAUAACAAGUCAAUCUCUGUUUUAAGUAUGUUCCUUUUAAAUUUGAAGGGCUAGUAAAUCCCCAUUCACCCAUUUCCAGUUUCUUAUCUCACCACAUGCAUUCCCAGUUUCUUCACUCACCACAUGGUCAGUAACAUUAAUUUAAUUAUCUAGUCAUCACUUGUUUGAAAUGAGUCGCCAAUUUUUGACAUCUAAUUAAAUUAAUUCAAGCAUUGAAAAUUAAAACAAUUUGUAUGUAGUAUUAGUAAUUUGUGUUAUUUUAUAGUCUUUAAAGGUAAUAUAACCCAGCUUCAAAUGAAUUAUUGAAUCGUAAAUGUUUAUGUCCAACUCAAUACUCUAAUAUAUUUUAAUUGAUUGUAUGCUAUAAUUCAAGAUAAUAAUGCUGAAGGAUUAAUUUAGUAGUAGGCUACAUUAGGAUUAAUUUAAAACUUAUUGAAAAAGUCUCACUGCCUAAUCAUACAAUUUAUGCUGUUUUUAUUUGUUUAUUGUUUGUUGUUUCUUUGUCAAAUGUAGUAUUAGACAGUAAGAUUUAUUCACUUUGUUUUGAUCAUAACUGGUUAAGCAUAUUGUCCGUAAUAGUUAUGGAAUUAUACUUACCGGAAAUGGUCAAAUCUCCACAUAUGGCUUGAUUUUGCCUUUUUCGAGUUCUUCUGUGAUAUGGAAUUAAUAUAUAUGGAAUCGAAUAUGCAUUUUUAAGGAAUAAUUCAUAAAACUUAGAUAACAAAACAUUACUUAUAUUAAAUUUGAUAUUUUACUAAAUGACAAUGGUAGGCACUAUGUUAUGUUUACCAUGUUAUUAGAAUAACUUAACACUAAUGCGUUGAAAAUGAUUGAUUUAAUUUAAGAUUGUGCAAAUGCCUGUAAAAGGUUUUAAUAAAACAUGAUUUAUUAAUCCAAGUAGGAUAUUUGUUGUGUUUCCUCUUUUUUAUUGUUAUUGAUUUAAUUUCUCAUCUAAGAUUGUUAUUUUCUCUUGUACAUACAAGGUUAAUGCAAACCUCAGCUAGUAGGUUUGCAUUAACAUCUGAGCUUAGAAUUGUAGAAGUGUCAAGGUUGUCAUAAUUUAAUAACUGCUAAUGUGGAGGUUAACUUAACAUUUUUGUUGUUUUAUUGGCACUGUAACAAGAAUUGUGAUUGCAUAUUAGUUUAUUUGUUAUUUAUCAUAAUUAUGAUAGUAAGUCUAAACAUCACUAUGAGAUGGAAACUGUAUAUAUCUAACAGUAUCAUCAGUCUCUUGUAUUGCUGGUUACACAACUGAAUGUAAAUUUUAUUUUGUAACUAAAUACAAAGCAAGGAAUUGGAGAAGGAUUUCCCAGAUUACAACCUUGUAUUGAUAUUGUGUUAUAAGGCAAAAGUUCCCAUCAUUGUGUGCCGUAGAUGACUUUAAGGGUAAUGUAAUUAACUGAUUAUAAAAGAUUAAUAUUUCUGUACUUAUAAUAAUUCCCAAUAUUUACCAAGUAUAGCAUGAAAUAUAAUUAGUUAGUGAUUCUCAGGAAACCUUAAUUAACAUUAGUUGUACAAUGAGUAGUUAUUGUUGUACACUCAUUUUAUACUCUUUCUGCAAUUUCUAAGUCAGUCAUAAUUAAUUUGUAAAGAAAGUAUGUAAACUAUUAAAAAAGCUAUUGUUGUUAUAAAUAUUACUAUAAUUAAAUAACUGCAUAAUUUGUCAAUUAUUUUUACUAGAUGUUAUAUAAAUGUUUAUUUUUGUAAAUUGUUUGUAGAUAUAAAGUAGUUUAUUACGCCUACUAAUACACUACAGUCUCGUUUGACCGAAUUUUCUGAGAUCGAUGUAAUUUGGUUAAUACAGAAUAUUUUGAAAUCUUCCUUUAUAUAGCAAAAACUUAUGUUAAAACAUGGAGUAUGCCUGCAGGUUUUGGAAUGUCACUCUUUAUUAAUUUGUUAAGUAAGAAAUAAAACUGUUUUAUUUCGUUAACCCAAAAUUUUGUUAAUUAAGUUUUGUGUUAAUCAAGACUCUAGUGUACUAUAAUGUGAUUACAUCUAAUUUUUGUAUGAAAAAUUGUCUUCAAUGUGGAAAACAUUUCAAAGUGAGUUAAAAUUAUGUUGCGUUGCUUUGUUAAAGAUUAUAAACUUAUUUGAACCGUACAAAUAGUAAUACUAUAAUGUUUUGAUUUAUGUAAAUUAUGUGAAUAUUAUAAGAGAUUUAGCAUUCUAAUGAAGAAAUCACUUUUAAUUGCAACAAGAAAAGAAACCCAAUAUCAUCAGUGUAUCAAGGAUGUUCGAAUUGAAAUGCCAUAGGAAAGAAGUUAGAAAAUGAAAUGAUUGUACAAAAAUGGAUUCAUAAUGAAGUAGGUAUUUGUAUGAAUAUCAUCAGUGUAUCAAGGAUAUUCAAAUUGAAAUGUCAUAGGAAAGAAGUUAGAAAAUGAAAUGAUUGUACAGAAAUGGAUUCAUAAUGAAGUACGUAUUUGUAUGAAUAUCAUCAGUGUAUCAAGGAUAUUUAAAUUGAAAUGUCAUAGGAAAGAAGUUAGAUAAAUGAAAUGAUUGUACAAAAAUGGAUUCAUAAUGAAGUAGGUAUUUAUAUGAAUAUCAUCAGUGUAUCAAGGAUAUUCAAAUUGAAAUGUCAUAGGAAAGAAGUUAGAAAAUUAAAUGAUUGUACAAAAAUGGAUUCAAAAUGAAGUACCUAUUUGUAUGAAUAAAUACGAACGUAAAAUAUUAGACUUAUCGAUUUUUAAAUAGAAAAGAUGCAUAAAUCAAAUAAAUUAUUUAGUUUAUAAAUUAUAAGUUUUCUGCUUGUUGUAAAUGUUAAAAUUGUAAACAUAAAAUAUAGUACAGCCUAACUCAAAAAAUCCACACACAAAAAUGUAGUUAUACGAUUUAGGAAAAUGCAUCUAAAAAAAUCCCAUUAAUAAUCAAUUUUGUUUUUGUUUUAAAGCCAUUUGACACUUUUAAAAGUUAUAUUUAUAAAUCGGAAUCAAUUACUAUAAUAAUAUAAUUUUGCAAAUACUAUUUUAUCAUAAAACAAAAUAACUAAUAAUCAGUUUUAAAUAAAUAAAACUAAUACUUCAUAAGGUUUUAGUAUUGUUUGUUCUAUUUGAAUUACCUCUGUAUUUUCUUAUUCGUAAUAAAUAUUUGGGAUAGUAUAAUUUUCAUAGGAUUUACAUAAAGAUAAAAAUAGUUCAUUAUUAAUCUAUUAGGUGAAUAGGUACAGGAAAGGUUUUGAAAAAUAUCAGUGUCACUAACCAAUGAUAAUUUUGGCUCAAUGAAAUAGAAAGUUGUGUGUAUAAACUUGUGAAUGAUAAAUCACAUUCCAAUUGAUGAAAUUUUAUAUUUCUGUGCUGGUAACACCUGUUUGUAAAGGUGGUAACAAGAGGUUUGCAUUUCUCAGACUGAUUUUUUUCUAAAGAAGUUAUAUUUGAGUACCUCUGUACCACAACUAUGAUGAGUUGAAUGGCAAAUACAAGUAAAAAUUUGGAGAAAACCUUAUUAGAAUAUUAUGUUAAACUUUUUGUUAUCUUUUCUUUGUGUACAAUGGAAUGAACCUUAGCUUUUUUAAUUAAAAAAUGUUGGUAAGAGUUACUGCUUUUGUUUUGUAUUUUUGUACAGUGCUUGCUCUUAUUCUAAUUUGUAACAUGUAAUAAGUGUCUAUGAUAUUGUGCCAAUAAAAUGUUAUAAGAGA